AUGUGCAAAAGCACCAUUGCCAUUCAGAAACAAGCUGGUAUUCAAAUUGUUCAAGCAAUAAGUAAAGGUUCUGGAAAAACUCUGAAUGAUAGAUGGCAAAAAAAGAAACACGGAUAUUUCCAGAAAUGUACCACUAAUGCUGAAAAAGUGUUAAAGUUAGAAUUACCGGAAGUCCGUUCCUAUUGUGAUACAUCCAAAAUUAUAGUUUGGGAAAAUAAUGGACAACAUGCUCUAGAAAACUCGAUUUUUCAAGCAGUUACCUAUGUGGCAAAAGUUGAAAGAAACAUAAGAAACAAUUUGAGACCGCAAGAUGAAAGUCUCGAAUCGUUACGUGUCUUAUUAAUCGAUGCUAUGAAGUACAAAACGAAGAUUAAAGAAGCAAAUAUUAUGAAUGUAUUAAACGGAUUAACAAGUGUUUUAAUCGAAAACUAUGAAAGAAAUUUGUCCAUACAAAUGGUAUCUUUCUUAAAAAAAUGUAUUUAUCCUAUAAUCAACACAAGUUGCAGUGUAGACGUUGUAAUUCAAACACCGUGUCAAGGUUGCGGUCUUUCCAUACAAACAUUAAUUUCCCACGAAAUGUUCGUCAUUCAAUCGGAGAACGUUUCCGGUACCACAGAAUUGAUGGAACAACUGCUCUUUUCAACAAAUCUUAUGCAACCCUGUCCUAAUUGUACCGAACAUGAACUUGCUCGACCAGUUGAAUUUACAAUAGUAAUUUGUCCAGAAUUACUAUUCAUGUACAAAUAUCACACGGAAAAUAAAAAAAAUCUCUCUUACAUGGAAUUCGUAACAUUAGAAGAAUAUUUGGAUAAAGAAGUAUUAUGUGUAAAGUAUUAUGCCACUUAUCGUAUCGUAUCAGACCCUUAUUAUCUUUUAUAUUAUUUUAUAAUGUUUUUACAAUUGUAG